AACCUGUGUAACACACAUACGCAUAGAGACCAGCGAAAAGAAACGCGACACGACAGCAGCGCCUCUGUAUAUUCACGCUCGUUCCCAUUGUUUGUCAUCAACGGAAUUUACCGCUACUACGGCGAGUGGUAAAAUUCAGUGUGCCGGGGCUGCGCGAGUGUGUAUGGACGCUAUCGUGCAGCGUUGACACUUUCAGCGGAUGGCUUUCCUUGAGUCGGUUACGUAAAAAGUUCUAUCCAAUUACGGAAGCUUUCGUCUAGCUCGGUUGUUCCCGUAAUAACGGACAAAUUUGCACGAGGCUGUCGAGCUUGUUUGGGUCGUUCCCAAGACGGAUCUUAGCGCGUGGGUUUACGAUCCCUUCGAAGCGAGCAAGCGGGUGAGCGGUGUGUUACAUGGCGUCCCAAGCGUUGCACGCAGCACGCUAGGACUUCGGUUACACAAACGCGCAGGUUCGUCCGUUAUUUAUUCGUAUGAUUAUUUGCUGACCUUAUUGUCGGAGUAACGGGGAAUGUGAGUGCUCUACGAUACAACGAAUCGAGAAACAGUGAGGGAGAAAACGGUCGAGUAUAUCGAUAUAUGUAAAACCGGAAACAAAGUACAGAUAGAUUUACUCGAUCCUCUGUAUCUUAAACUGUGCAUACCGAGGCUUCGUUGGUUGUAUACACGGGGACAAGUAUUAACGAACGGUUAAAAAGAAAGGGCGGUGGAAAGAGUACGAGAAUUAACAUAAGCGUAAACGUACGCUAAACAGCAUGGGUAAGACGCCAAAGAAGGCGGUCCCUGGGGGCGAUGAGAGGAAUUUGCUCAGUCGGAGACUGCUCAACUCGCACAAGAGACAGCGGCAAUCUGAGAAUCCGAACAGGCCUGAAUUGAGUACCACGCAGAAAAAAAUACCACAGAAUCAAAGGAAACACGUUACUAGUAAACUUCAAGCUCCUACACAGUCUGAAUUGAGUUUUAUUAAAAAGCCUCUUGGUAGACCACCUGGUAGCUCUAAAGAUAAGAAGUUAACGAUUCCCGAUAAAAGCGUAGAACCGACACUUGAAAAUAUGCAGCCAGAAUCAGAGGAAGCAGAGGUUAAACUCGAUGCAACUACGGAAAACGAAGAUGCAAAGAAAGAUACGGUCAAGGACACCCAAGAAUCCGACGAGUGCGUCGACCAUGCUACCGUCAAACUUCCCCCGGAUUCCAAGGAACAAGAGAACUCUGUAAAUAAAGAAUCGCUGGUAGUGGAGGAGGAACAAAUUCAGGAACAGGAGGUAGCAGAGAUUCCUAAGGAGGCCGAAGAGCACGAAGAACCUGAUUUAACUUUGAGUUUUGAAACCGAAGACAGCGCUACGAAGACACAGGAGGAGAAAUCGAACGAUAAUACAGAAUCGAAAGAGGCGAAAGAGGAAUGUAUUUCUUUACAGUCAGAAUCAAAAGCUGAUAUCCAAGAAAAGGAAGACGUGCAAAGCGAGUCGCAAACCGAUACGGAGAGCUAUUCGGUAGACAUCUUGGAAUCCACGACGUCGGAACUGUCCGAAGUGUCCGAGGUCGUAUCGCAGAAUGAUGGCCAGAAGGAGAAGGAGAAAGUCGAGGAGGAAACCCACAAUAAGGAAACGUCGUUCGUUUCGUACGAUCCCUCCAUAAUGUUGAAGGACGUACAAAUCAAGCUGAACGAUUGCAUGAAAGAAAACACGAAGACCUUAGACGCUAGUAACGCUGAUUACGAAAUGCUGUCUCAAGGAUCGAGGGAGGCGUCUUUUGGAAAGACGCUGAGGAGCAUUUCCGGGAGACGUUCUCUCAACAGAAUGCGUCACGUCACUUUACGCGAUCACAGGUAUUCGCCGAACAAUUCCCUGUUCGUCAACACUUCCAGCGCGUCCCUGCUACCAGACGAAACGGAGGAUUUCAAGAUCUUGCGUUACAGUACCGGUCUAUCCGAUACGAUUUCCACCACAAACGGAAGCUCCUCCGAGAGAAAGAGGAAAUACGAGACCGAGGAUUGGAAUUCCUCGAAGAAACCGAAAACAGAGUCGGAGAACAGUUUGCUGAACACCUCGAUCAGCAUUCUGAAAGGACUGCGCAGACCUAUCCAAGUUUCUACUCCGCGAUCGGAACUGAAAUUCCAGACCAACAAAUUGAAUCUCACGGAAGAUGAGAGUAACGCGAUGAACGAUGGUACCGGCAGAAAAUGGUGUAACAUCAUGUAAAUUACGAGAGAGUUUUAUGUACAAGGUGUGCUGAAAUUGACGGUUCAAACUUUGGGUACGUAUAGUAUUCGUCGAAAUGUAAAAACGCGAUAGAAAACAAUGAUCUAAAAUUCAAGUCCUUCCAGUUGCGAGAUACGCAUUAUACGUAUAGUAUUUGCUCAAGUGUUCUCAUCGGUAGCAUUCAUUAUGUCAGUUUCUCUCGUCGGGGAAUAACGAAAGUACCUAGAAUUCUUGCGUAUUACUCGGGGAUGGACAGAAUUUCUUUCGAAUAGUAAAAUGUCGACGAGUAAAAAUUGCGCGUUAAUUCGUUCGCGGAAUUAGAUAUUUCUUUGCAACUUCGAAACUGCUUGUUUCUAGAGUUUAUUAACACUUUCUAUUUUUGUUUAUUUUUAUGAAUACUCGCGCAAAGUUUGAACCAUUCGCUUCAGCAAACUCUGUAUAUACGUAUAUAUACACAUAUAUAUAAAUAUAUUUUCGAACGCGAAGAAAGCGGGUCCUUGUGCCAUGACGCUCUUAUCGGCAAGGUAGAAUCUGGUUAUAAGCGUUACUAUAUCGUUGACUUUGAAAUCUGUUGGAUGACGUUUUCUCGAUACUGCGCAGAAGUUCGCUUCGGGUCUGUUCUCUCGAAUGCUUCGAGUUGUAAACGCGAGUCUACCUAUUCUUUGGAACGUAUCGUACUAAAGACAUGUCUGAUUUCUUUUGUGUAUUCCGUGAAAUUUUACACGACAGAGGCUCAUUUUAAAAAAACAAAAAGAAACAAAAAAAAAACACAUCGCGUUCGAAACGAUUACAUUUUUAAACCUUAACUAUACAUAUAUUGUUACUAUACUAUGUCUUGUACUUGUCAUUAAUAUUCGAUGUUUUAUACGAAUGACGAAAUGUAAUUGUAAGAAAAGCGUAACGGUAGAAGUCCCCCCUCUCUUCGAUAUUCGACAAUUAUUUCAUCCGAUUCGAAUUACGUCAUUACGGCAUUCGAUCGGCUCAUCGAUAGAUUAUAUUUCUUUCCAAACUACGCUAUCACUUCUCGCGUGCAUUUUACUUUUACUUUUCAUUUUAGGACCGAUCGACUGACUCAUCGUUUCAGUUUAUCAUUUAGAGAAAUAAAUUGCUUUGGUUCGUUCCGCAUUGCAAAGGUAGUACGUUAUAAAAUAUAUAUAUUUUCCGUAAUCUCGAUACGCGCGAGUCCAUUUCAGGAUACUUUAAUAACGAGUAACCGAGGGUAUCGUAAAGAGUUUUUAUUUACCCUGACCGCAGAGUUUUGUUACUGAACGUAGAAACGUUCGUAUAGAUAAACUCUCGCCGUAAAAUUUUCUUUGAUACUUAUUUAUGAUAGGGUAAAUUGUUACGUAAUAGUUUUCACCCGAAACCGAGCGACGAAGUGCAGCAAACCAUUCAUAGAAACGAUCGCAGACCUUAUGUUCUUUCCGAUUGAAAUUUAGAAGAUUAAACGCUUGACGGAGCUCGAGGCAAUUUCGUCGCUCGGUACCGCUUGUCGUUGAAUAGCUUGCGUUAGCCGUAACAUAGAGGGAACAUACACGAUGCAUACAAUCAAAGCGUAUUGGUUAAGUUUAGACGUAAAUACUCGACGUUCGACGGAAUCGUAUUACGUGUUCGGAAAUAGGAAUUCGUCGAGCGGUUCGACCAAAGUCGGGCGUUUAUUAUUCGAGUAGUUCUUCCACGUUCAUUCUUCUUUUUUUUUUAUUAAACCGUACCUUUUUAAGAUCUCUGCAAACAACUCUUGCCCGAACUGGAAAGAACGUUUAAAACUAACAGAGGCAAAGCGUUAGAGCGCUUCACGUACUUUUAUACUUGUUACGAUUAAAUAGGAGAGAGUUGAAACACGAUGUAUGAAUGAUGUAUAUAGAAAAUGAGGUUUAUAAUAAAUCUUGGAAAUACGUGA